AGGCGAGUUCAUGGCCCUGGUGUAGAUACAGAGAACAGCUCUCACAGAACACGGAGCCAAGAAAAGCGACACGGAGUCUCUCUCUCCUCAGCAUUUUCCACCCGUGCCAAGUGUGUGUGUUUGUGGAUCGGUGUGUGUGAUAUGAAACGUCGCGCGCUCUCGAUCGGACGUUUUUGUACGGGAGUGUGUGAAACACGCUGAAAAGCUCCAAAAGUUUGCGCGGUGUUAAGACGUCAAGCUGUCACAACACUGACCGGAAACUCGACCUUUAUUUGUGUUGUAAAGCACGCGCGAUUUACUGGAUUUUCUAUAUUGAGAAGUGAUUCACUGAAUGAGCAACAUUAAGCAUGGCUCUAAGUUCAGUGUUAAAACACCGCUGAGGAAGAGGAGGAGGAGGAGACGGGCACACUACAAAACCUGCAGCUGAUUGUUUCUUUAAAUAAUGCCGAUAGAGAAUCUGGACAUGGAGGAGAAAAUGCGCAUUUUGGAGGACCUGAAUAUGCUGUACAUCCGUCAAAUUGCCCUCAGUUUACAGGACAGUGACAUCCAGAAGAAGAUUGACCAUGAGAUCCGGAUGCGAGAGGGAGCUUGUAAACUCCUGGCUGCUUGUUCACAGAGGGAUCAGGCGCUGGAGGCCUCGAAGAGUCUGCUCACCUGUAACUCUCGCAUCAUGGCGUACAUGUCAGAGCUGCAGCGCAUGAAAGAGGCGCAGGUCAUGCAGCGGGUGGCACGGAGGUCAUCAGAUGCAGGACCGAUGGAUGACCGAUCCCCAUGUAAAGGCAAAGUUGCUAUUUCAGAUCUUCGAAUCCCGUUGAUGUGGAAAGACACAGAGUACUUUAAAAACAAAGGAGAGCUGCACCGCUGUGCUGUGUUCUGUCUCCUGCAGUUAGGAGGGGAGAUCUUCGACACAGACAUGGUGAUGGUGGACAGAACUCUCACAGACAUUUGCUUCGACAACACCAUAGUUUUUAAUGAAGCAAGCCCAGGAUUCGAGCUGAGGUUAGAGCUCUACAGCUGCUGUACAGAGGAUGAUUACUCAGCGGGCAGUACACCACGCAAGCUGGCCAGCAAGCUGAGCUCGUCUCUGGGCCGUUCAUCUGGGAAAAAGAUGCGUUCAGCGCUGGAGCCUGGAGCCUGCAGCCCCAUCAGCAACGGGGGCAACGCACAACUGCUGCUUCCUGUACCACCUGUGCCAGGACCCAAGUACCACCUCCUGGCUCACACCACUCUCACUCUCUCCCACGUUCAGGACAGCUUCCGCACACACGACCUCACUAUAACUGGCAACGAAGAGUGUUCAUACUGGUUGCCGCUGUAUGGCAGUGUGUGUUGUCGUCUGGCUGCUCAGCCACACUGUAUGACGCAGCAGAUGAUGAGUGGCUGCCUCAGAGUCAAGCUCGGUGGGGAGCCUCAAGGAUGGACGAACGUUUAUGGUGUCCUAAAAGGGACCAACCUUUUCUGUUAUCACCGACAAGAAGAUAUGGAAGCCAACGUGGAGCCCUUAUUAACGAUCGGCAUUAACAAGGAGACGAGAAUACGAGCAGCAGAAAGAGACCCCCAAAGCAAAGCUCAGAGUAUCUGCAUCAGUAACCAGUAUGGAGGAGAGGAGGUCACACACACACUAGUGACAGACUGUCGAGAGGACACACAGCGCUGGAUGGAGGCCUUCUGGCAGCAGUUCUUCGACAUGAGCCAGUGGAAGCAGUGCUGUGACGAGCUGAUGAAGAUUGACCUCCCCUCACCACGCAGACCCGCUCUGGUUACGGCCAAACAGGGCUCUCUCUACCAUGAAAUGGUUAUUGACACAUCUGAUGACAUCAGUGCUGUCACCGACAUCCUGACAAGGCGCAUUGAGCAGUUUGAGUUUCAGACCCCACCUCACUGGAUGUCCUUAUUUAAGGAAGAGCCUCCCGGUAGCCCCCAAAACCUCCGGCAACACUCUCCACGCCAGUCUCCCAGUCCUCGCUGUCACCGCCCUCGUGCUCUACUCUCCUCCGAUGCCAGCCUUGCCUCAGACAGCUCCAGCCCGUGCAGUUCAAGCCCCUGCUCACCCCACUACCUCGCCUCCAACCGUUUCCGCCCUCGCACACUUUCCCUGGAUGCCAAGCUGUCCACGCUGCGAGGAAGAAACUACGGGGGCCUCCACUGUUCGUGCCAACCUCCAUCAUCCAGCCAGUUCCAUCAGCAGGCUCCACCUCUCUCCUGCUCCAGCUCCACUUCCAGUAACAGUUCGAGUGAAGGGAGCAACAGCCCAGAAUCAGAUCUCGCCUUCUCGCGACCUUCCGGGGCACGCCGCAGCCUGAGGAACCUCAAAGCAAAGCUGGACCCCAGAAACUGGCUACAGAGUCACGUUUAGUUCCUUCAAGUUCCAUCCUGAGAAAAAAGAAUUUCUCACAAAAUGACCUACUUCUAUAAGAAACCAUUCAGUCCUUAAGAAAGCCCUUGAACAAUCUGCAGUGUCCAUGAGAAGGCUGCUCAGUAUGUCCUCAGUGUGGCUCAGACUCUCACUUCAGGGAUGGUGAUGGACAAACACUACUUAAUGGGAGAUUUCCUGUAAAUGGGUUCAGCACAGUGGUGAUGAUAAUUAGUUAUUUAUACAUGGUCUAAUAUCAGUAUAUGCAGUUUAUGUAAUACAAAAAUCCUGUGAUUCUCAACGUCAGACUGGAGUAUGGUAUAUCUAACUGCACAGGCAUUACCAAGAGUCGAGCGCUCCUCCAAUCUCUUUCAAACUGGACUAUCCAAUCUUCAGUCAGUUGAAUAUUAAUCCAGUCAUAAUAUAGUGCAAACUUAGCAGUCACAACAUUUCAAUUUACAAGCUCCUGAAAAUGUCAGUUCCUAUUUUACAGAUGCAUAUAAAAUCUGUUCAAAAUGUUCAUGUAAUUAUGCAGAUUCAAUUAGCAGCAGCUUCUUUAGUGUUUUUCUGCCAUUAAUCUUUUUUUGUAAAACACAAUUUGCUAGACUUUAUCAUAAAUAAAACAGUGAAAGAAAAACUAGCUACCUUACCGCCUGUGAUGAUAAUUGAUAUGUUUAAAACCUGAAAAUAUCCAGCCAACAGCGGUGAUGUGAUCCCAAACGGACAAUGAUGAAGGGCUAGAUGAUGAGCUCAAAUCUCUAACUAAACUCCUACAAGGUGCAGCAAAGUGUUUAAAACCCUGACACUGGUGCUGUGCCUGAUAUGUGUUAAUACCAUGUUGGUGUAGCUGCUGUGCUGAGAACUGUCCAUCACUCAGAAAUGUCUGGUGGUCACUGAGAACAGACCAAUUUUGUGUAACCAUGACUAGUCCACUAAUCCUACUACUUAUGAUGCACCUUAAGAAAUUCCUUGUGGCUAGGUUGGUAGUACCCUUAACUUUCACCUUGAAAUGUGUAUAUAGUGUACCCUUAAAAAAAAAAAAAGGAUCUAAAACGGUGUAUACUGGAGGGUAUAAUGUCAGCAACAUGAAAUGGUAUAGUGUAGUACCCUUUUAUCCCCUCAGAUUACCACAAAAUUAUAUCCUAACAAAGUUCAACUGGCUGCUGAAUUGGCAAAUCCACGUUUCUCAUAAUACUGGUAUCAAUGUGACAUCUUUCACACGGUUGUUAGUAUGAUGUUACACAUUAUCUGCUAUAGAAAUUAAUUAUUAAAAAUCAGGAUUAAGAGCUCUGCGUUUAUGUAGUCAGUUCUCAAGAUGUUACAGAUUGCUCUAAUGAUGGUGCUACCGAUUGCAGAAAUAAAACGUAUUUGGAGUUAUAAUACACUGAUCAGGCAUAACAUUAUAACCACCUGCUUGAUAUUGUGUCGGUCCCAAAACAGCCCUGACCUGUUGAGGCAUGGACUCCACUAGAUCCCUGAAGGUGUGCUGUGGUAUCUGGCACCAAGAUGUUAGCAACAGAUCCUUUAAGUCGCGAGGUGGAGCCUCAAUGGAUCGGACUUGCUUGUCCAGCACAUCCCUCAGACGCUUGAUUGAAUUGAGAUCUGGGGAAUGUAGAGGCUAAGUCAACACCUCAGACUCGUUGUUGUGCUGCAGACCAGGAACACCCCCCACAAGAGCUGCAGUUUUGGAGAUGUUCUGAUCCAGUCGUCUAGCCAUCACAAUUUGGCCCUCGCUCAAAUCCUUACGCUUGUCCAUUUUUCCUGCUUCUAACACAUCAACUUUGAGGACAAAAUGUUGACUUGCUGCCUAAUAUAUCCCACCCGCUAACAGGUGCCAUGAUGAGGAGAUCAUCAGUGUUAUUCACUUCACCUCUCACUGCUCAUAAUGUUAUGCCUGAUCUGUGCAGUACCCUACUAUGGAACGUACACGACUAUGCAAAUGUAUCCCAGUUGAAAGCGUUCAUCUGCUCCACAUUUUAUUGGCAGCAUCAGUGUUUUGGUUUUUUUUUUGCUUCCUUUUUUACAUCACUGAUCUGUGAUUUUAGCACUUUUAUAAUAAGCUGUUGAUGGGAAAGCCUAUAGCAAGGUGUGUGUGUGUCAUUUCUCUGAGGUCAAUAUUAAAAAUAAAAAUAGAUCCAGUCUACUCGGAAAAAAACAACUCGUAUAUAAUCAAGCUAAUAAAUGAACACAAGUAUGCGCAUCUCAGGAUUGUCAUUUUCACCACAAUGAAGUCUUGUGAGCUAAUCAGGAGUGUGUGAAGAAUAACGCUGCAGUGUGUUCCAUAUGCAAACCAGGAAUAGUGUGUGUGUGUGUGUGGUGCAGUGGGGUCUGUGUUCUCUUUCAAUUGUUACUGUUUACUGAACAAUAUAAUCAGUAUGGUGGACGUGGUGAACUUAUACACUGUAUUACUGUACUGAAGUGAGAUUAGUAACUAAUACCGCUUUUCAUUGCUAAUUAAGAGCCACCGAGAUUUACUUUUAAUCUGUACAUUUCAUUCAGGCUGUGUUUCCUGUUGUGUAAAGUUUUGUAAAUUAACAGCUUCCUUUCUAUUUGCCUUCGUUGAAACUGUAUUUGACCAUAUUUCCUUUUUUUGUUAGAAAUACAGCUAUUGAGAUAUUUUAUCAGAGGAGUACAGGCCUAACUAUUCUGGUAGAUAACAUUGGGUUUAACCUGGAGAUGAGCAUCCUGUCAGCAGGCUGUCUGCAUGCACAUUGCCAUUGGUGCGAAAACUAACUAAGCAUGUAGAACAAUAAUAGAAAUACAAAUUAUUAAAAAAAAAACUUGAAAUAAGCCUA